GAGGAUUGACCACCAUGGCCUCGCUCAAGAAGGCCUCCAAGGUUGUCUGCAUUGGCCGCAACUAUGCGGACCACAUCACGGAGCUGAACAGCGCAAAGCCCAAGCAGCCUUUCUUCUUCCUCAAGCCUCCUUCGUCCAUUAUCCUUCCCGGAGAAGGACCCGUCAUCCGGCCCCGUGGUGUUGAUAUGCACUACGAGGUUGAGCUUGCUCUUAUCCUCGGCAAGCGUGUCAGAGACCAUGACGCUUCGGACUUGCAGGGAGCUCUGGACGCCAUUAAUAGCUAUGCUCUCAGCAUCGACAUGACGGCACGCAAUGUCCAGAAUGAGGCCAAGAAGAAGGGCCUCCCCUGGGACAUUGCCAAGGGAUUCGACACGUUCCUGCCCAUGAGCAAGCUCAUUGAGAAGUCCCGUAUUCAGGACCCUCACAACAUCGAGCUCUAUCUCAAGGUCAACGACGAGGUUCGUCAGAACGACUCCACCAACUUGAUGCUCUUCCAGAUUCCCCGCAUCCUUAGCGAUAUCUCCAAGGUUAUGACGCUCGAGGCCGGUGACAUCGUCCUGACUGGCACUCCCAAGGGCGUUGGCCCAGUUGUCCCCGGUGAUGUGAUGCGCGCCGGUAUCCGUGUGGAUGGCAAGGAGAUUGAGGAGGCCAAGAUCGAGAUCGCGGUCGAGGAGUCUACUCGCUCGUACGAGUAUGCUGAGACGUAAACACCGAACGAACAUAGAUGAUAGCCCACCCUCAUACAACCUAGUGUAGUUCGAUGUACAUAGAUUCUAUUUCACAUACGCUCGCAGGGCGGACAUCUGACAAGGCCAUCAUUUCCACCGCGCAGAACCCCCAAGCCAUGAUGCAGACCCUUCCAUUCACUGCACAUUCGGAUCCUGGAUCGAUCCAGGCUUGGGGCACCAAUCGGCCAGCUCAUCACACUUCUUACAAGUCCUCAGCUGCUCAUUCUCCUUAAAGGCUUCCACGGCCGCCUUGAUCUGCGUUCCCAAAUCGGUGCAGUGGAAGCUCGCCUCGUGGACAAUCUCCUUGCAGUUCUGGCAGUACCACCUCAUGCGGUCGAUGGUGUCGGCGGGACGCUUCUGUUCCAGCACGAUACCGACCGUGUCGGCGAACCGCACCGGGUUGUGCGGGGUGUUGCCUGGCAGGAGGAACAUCUCGCCCUCGCGGAUGAUGAUAUCUCUGAAGUUUCCGUCGUCGACCACCUUGAGCAUCAUGGCGCCCUUGUACUGGUAGAACCACUCGGGGGUUUGGUUGAUGUGGUAAUCCGUGCGGGCGUUGGGGCCACCAACGAUC